UCACAAUAAGCAGGGAACACAUUCCAACAUCACAACGUUGCAGCCAAUCAACUUUGAAUUCGAUGUAGAAAUCCAAGAUGAGUUAACAACCCAAGAAAACCUCAUCGGUCAGUUUCUGUGGGCCUAUAUUUCACUAUCUUUAGCAAGUUGUGAAAAUACAAUGGUUGUUUUGUUCCGGGAGACUUGGAGGAAAAUGUACAUUAUUUAUUACAUAUUACAUAUUGUCACAAUCUGCUUUUCGUAUGAAACGUAACCAUCGUUAAUCGAGUUUCAAAAUACCAAAUACCAUACAAAGUGUGAUAUUCCCUUAACUACUGUGACAUGCGCAGCACAAUCUUAGAUUGGCUAGUCCAUUGGGCUGGCUGAAGGCGAAGGCGUGUUUUCCUGUUAGUUAAAUAGCCAAGUUGAAUGAAUCCAGUUGCCACAGUUAGUCGUAUAUUAUCUAUAGUUUAAGCUCACAGUAAGCAAACAGACUAAUUAAUGAACAGAAAACACGUUGAUUGUUUAGAAAUUAUUAUUCAUAAACAUUAAAUUUGACCAUUUUGGAAAGCGUGGCCCGAACUAUGGACUGCUUGACCGUGCCGCAGAUUUGGCCAAAUUCUCCUAGGAAAAAGAGAGGACAGAUUCAGGUUAUUUUCGGGCCAAUGUUUUCUGGGAAAAGUACCGAGUUAAUGCGCAGAGUUCGCCGCUUCCAGAUUGCACAGUACAGCUGUUUGGUGAUAAAAUACGCCAAAGACAAUCGCUGUUCGGACAAAGGUGUCGCACGCCAGGACAAGUACACUAUGGAAGUUAUGUCAGCCAGUCGUCUCCAUGACUUGCAUUCACUAGCGCUGCAGGCGUGUGUCAUUGGCGUCGACGAGGGCCAGUUUUUCCCGGACACUGUGGAGUUCUGUGAGGAAAUGGCAAACAUGGGCAAAACUAUCAUCGUGGCUGCAUUGGAUGGUACAUAUCAGAGAAAGCCAUAUGGGAACAUCCUCAAUCUAGUGCCCCUGGCGGAGAGCGUGGUGAAACUGAGCGCCGUCUGCUCGCAGUGCUUCGGGGAGGCCGCCUACACCAAGCGGCUGGGGAAGGAGCGAGAGGUGGAGGUGAUCGGGGGUGCGGACAUGUACCACGCCGUGUGCCGCGCCUGUUACAGUGCCCUGACAUCAGGGAAGGAGAACAGCACCCCCGAGAGGGAGGAGGCUCCCCCGCACGCCCUUCUGGGGAGCCGGCUUCCAUCGGGCGUGUCCCGCGUACUGUUUGCCACACUGCAAACAUAACCUGUGACCCCUGGGCCUUUUUAACUGUUUUUACUUUGACAUUUUUAAACUUAAAACUUGAAACGGCUUAAAUGGGUAGUAGUUCAAUUUCUGGUUUAAAAAAAAAAAAAGGAAAUUACUUCAGCUUUAGUGUAUGUUAUUUUAUUGUCCCAUACAGUUAAGUGAUAUUGUAGAUAAUCACAAAUGUUUAUGAAGACCACCUGGCACAUUACAGUGGCUGGUAUAGGGGCAUUUGGGGAUCUUUGACUAAGGCAAGAAAAUACACAUAAUACAACUUCAAAGCAGCUUGAACAGCAGUGUUAUGUUUUCAGAGGUUGCACAUAUGAUUUUGUAGUAUUUAUUCACAUUUGUAAACCUGAAAAUAUUUUAUAUUGUACCGGUACUCCUUUCCUUGAGGACAGCAGUUUCAUGUUGCUUGGGCCAUAAAUAAUGGUUCCAACCUAAAAUAUUAAAUAUAAUUUUACACAUGCAACCUCUGGAGAUAUAACAUCACUAUAAAUAUAUAGCUGCUUUGGAGUUGCUUAAAAUGUAUUUUCUUGCUUCAGAAUAUGAACUCCCAAAAGCCACUAUACCAGCCAUUGUGAAGUUGCCUGUUUGUCAAAAACCUCCAUAAUGUCAAAGAUGUCGUAGUCAUAUGCAAACACGCACUAAAACCGAAAUAAUUUUGCAAACAAACCCAGAAAGUGAACUAUCCCAUUAAUGUAUUACCAAGAUUUGUCGAUCAAGACAAAGCAAAAAGGAAACAUUUCAGAAGAAUGUUAAAUGCGUGUGUCACUACAUGAUAUGUGUUGAUGUGUCUUAUUUCUAGUAGGAGAGAAUUGUCAGUGAAUGCUAAGACAACCUUCCAGUUACAGUGUUUUUUGUUUGUUUAGUUUAAGUGCCUCCCACUGAAAGAAAUUGCUUGUGUCACUCGACUGUUGACAUAAUGCCACUGUUUACUGUGAGAGAAAUGGGUGCUUUAGGAGUAUCAUGGCUAUUACAUACAAGCUAUUACAUACAAUCAUAGUACGAUACUACACAGCUAAUAUACAAAAUCUAACAACCUGCAGUUUGAGAUAUGAAACCAAGUGAUGUUUAUAUGUAUUUGUUGAUAUUUAGUGUAUUGAAGUAAUGUUUUUUUAAAGGAAAUGAUUUAAUAUCAGAAACUUAAUGUAUUUGUGUGUGUACACAUCCUUUUUAUAAAAAUGAAUUGAACUAUUUUA